GACCCUUACUACAGAUUUAAUGACCUUGACUACAGAUGGAUCUCCUUGGACAACUGGACCUAUAGCAACGAAUUUAAAAUUCCCUUCGAUAUCAGCAAGUGGCAGAAAGUCAGUUUGAUUUUUGAGGGAGUUGAUACAGUGGCAGAGAUCCUCUUCAAUAAUGUCUCUAUUGGGAAAACAGACAGCAUGUUCCGUCGAUAUAGCUUUGACAUCACCAGCGUGGCCAGAGACGUGAACUCCCUGGAGCUGCGCUUCCAGUCGGCCGUGCUGUACGCGGCACAGCGGAGCAGAGCCCACGCCGGCUACCCGGUGCCCCCCGCCUGCCCCCCGCUCGUGCAGAAGGGCGAGUGCCACGUCAACUUCAUCCGCAAGGAGCAGUGUUCCUUCAGCUGGGAUUGGGGCCCGUCCUUCCCCACCCAGGGCAUCUGGAGAGACGUCAGCAUCGAAGCCUACAACCUUUGCCAUCUGACCCACUUCACUUUCACCCCCGUCUACGAUAACACUGCCCAGGUGUGGAGUGUUGAAAUAGAAUCUGCUUUUGACAUUGUCAGCUCAAAGCCAGUUCACGGCCAGGUGGUCGUGGCCAUCCCUAAACUGCAGACACAGCAGACCUACAGCCUUGAGCUCCAGCCUGGGGAGAGGAUUGUUGAGCUCUCUGUGAAAAUUAACAAGAAUAUUACUGUGGAAACUUGGUGGCCUCAUGGACAUGGAGACCAGACUGGGUACAACAUGACAGUUCUAUUUGAACUAGAUGGAGGCUUGCAUAUCGAAAAAUCUGCUAAGACUGUUUAUUUCCGGACCGUGGAGCUUGUGGAAGAGCCCAUCGAGGGGUCUCCGGGGCUGAGCUUCUACUUCCAAGUCAACGGCUUCCCCAUCUUCCUGAAAGGCUCCAACUGGAUCCCGGCGGAUGCGUUCCAGGAGAGGGUAACCCCGGACGUGCUACGGCUCCUUCUGCAGUCGGCUGUGGAUGUGAACAUGAAUGCCCUGCGGGUGUGGGGAGGUGGCAUCUACGAGCAAGACGCCUUCUACGAGCUCUGUGAUGAGCUUGGGAUCAUGGUGUGGCAGGACUUCAUGUUUGCCUGUGCCCUGUACCCGGCCGACCAGGGCUUCCUGGAUUCCGUGCGGGCGGAAGUUGCUUACCAGGUCCGGAGGCUGAAGCCCCACCCGUCUGUCAUCCUGUGGAGCGGCAAUAACGAGAACGAGGGACUGCUGGCUGUGAACUGGUUCCAAGUCCCUCCCAGCGACCUGGACACCUGCGUCAAGGACUACGUGAGGCUCUAUGUGGCCAACAUCAGGGAGGUCAUUUUGGAAGGAGACAAGAGCCGUCCUUUUGUGGCGUCCAGUCCUUCAAACGGGGCUGAAACCAUCGCAGAGGGCUGGGUGGCCAAGGACCCUAACAGCAACCAUUAUGGUGAUGUGCAUUUUUACAACUAUAACAGCGAUUGCUGGGACUGGACUGUUUUUCCGAAAGCCCGAUUUGUAUCUGAAUAUGGGUAUCAGUCCUGGCCUUCCUUCAGUACGUUAGAAAAGGUCUCAGGGAAGGAAGACUGGUCUUACAACAGCACGUUCACCCGUCAUCGACAGCACCACGCGGAUGGAAACGAGGAGAUGCUUCGCCAGGCUGCACUGCAUUUCAGGCUCCCCCAAGGCCCAGACCCUGUGCGCACCUUCAGAGACACACUCUACCUGACGCAGGUGAUGCAGGCCCAGUGCGUCAAAACGGAAACCGAGUUCUAUCGCCGUAGCCGCAGCGAGAUAGUGGCCGGUGAGGGUCACACCAUGGGGGCGCUGUAUUGGCAGCUGAAUGACAUCUGGCAGGCUCCUUCUUGGGCCUCUCUAGAGUACGGUGGCAAGUGGAAGAUGCUGCACUACUUCGCCCGGCAUUUCUUCGCCCCACUGUUGCCCGUGGGCUUCGAGGGUGAGGACGUGAUUCACAUUCACGGCGUGUCCGACCUGCACGAGGACCGGAACGUGACGCUCACCCUAACAGUGCAUUCCUGGCGCUCCCUGAAGCCCGUGUGUGUCCAGGCCAUGGGGUCCUUGGUGUUGAAGGCCGGGACCACCGCCCGCCUCUACAGCGAGCCCGUGGGCCACCUGCUAAGCAGGUGCGGGAACUGCACCCGGCGGGGCUGCGUGCUCUCCUUCUACCUCUCCGCUGGCAGUGAGCUCGUGAGCCCAGUCAGCUACCACUUCCUGUCGUCGCUGAAGGACGCCGAAGGGCUGCUCAAGGCGCGCAUCACGGCCGCCAUCUCGCAGCAAGGUGACACAUUUGCCUUUGAGUUGGAGACGUCAGCGGUGGCGCCCUUUGUGUGGUUGGACGUCGGGAGCAUCCCGGGGAGGUUCAGUGACAACGGUUUCCUUAUGACCGAGAAGACGCGGACUGUUCUCUUUCACCCGUGGGCGCCCACCAGCAAGAGUGACCUGGAGCAGUCCUUCCGCGUGACCUCCCUGACAGACAUUUACUGAGGUGACGUCCUCAUGCAGGGCCCUUCCGGGAGUCACAGGAAGGGGACAGUGGCAAUGUCUGUGAAUCUACACCCAGGAGGCUGUGAGGUGAUGCAGGCCUUUCACAGUCAGCGUCCAGAAGUACUGGUUUUAAUUUCUAUUUUUUAGCACACGUUGCAGGACGUGAGAGCCACACUCCUUGGGGGAGUCACACACAACACUGGUUCCUCCCAACCCUCCCCCGCCCCUCCUUCUGUCUUGCCGAAUGAUCUCUCUGAGGUGCCUGGUUACUGAAGCGUCAGUUGUCAGAAGGAGAGAUGUCAUGGUGACAGCCGUGCUGAUCCCUGUUCUCAGACUAUUUAGGGCGUGAUGGUUGUUUGGGGAUUGAUUGGGGAUAAGAUUCUUAUUCAUUUUCAGUUAAAUAAAAUACUGCAUUGGUGA